GAGGCGCCGCUACCUUGGACAGAGGCGCCGCGACGCGCAGAGCCCGGCUGGAGCCGCUCCGGAGCGCCCCGACGAGCAGAACUGAGGCGUGAGGCUUCGUAAGUGCCCCCAAGUGGCUUCAACUUCUGUCCUCAAUAAAUGAUAUUAAAAGAAAUGCAGGAAUGCCUGUCCUAGACAAAAACAUGCAGAAGAAAGAGAAAGAUACAUGCAGCAAAGAUGAGACAACAGUGCCAAAACUUCCAGUCCCACCACUGCAGCAGACCUUACGCAUGUACCUACAGUGCAUGAAACACUUAGUGCCAGAGGAGCAAUUUGGAAAGACCAAGGUCAUUGUGGAGCGGUUUGGAAAGGCAGGAGGCCUGGGAGAAUCUUUGCAGCAAAUGCUGGAGGAAAGAAGGGAAAAAACAACAAACUGGGUGUUUAACUACUGGCUGGAUGACAUGUACCUCAACAACCGGCUAGCUCUUCCUGUCAAUUCCAGCCCAGCGAUUAUCUUUGCUCGCCAGCAUUUCAAGGAUGUAAAUGACCAGCUGAGGUUUGCUGCCAAUCUCAUUUCAGGAGUGCAAGACUAUAAAGCUUUGCUGGACACCCACGUUUUACCUGUUGAUUUUGCUCGUGGACAGCUGUCUGGUCAUCCUCUCUGUAUGAAGCAAUACUAUGGGCUCUUUUCUUCCUAUCGUCUUCCAGGACAUACCAAAGAUACCCUUGUGGCCCAGAAAAGCAGUGUAAUGCCAGAACCAGAGCACAUCAUUGUUGCUUGUAACAAUCAGUUUUUUGUUUUGGAUGUUGUCAUUAAUUUCCGUCGCCUCAGUGAGGGAGAUCUUUUCACUCAGUUACAAAAGAUAGCCAAAAUGGCAGAGAAUGAAGAGGAAAUGCUGCCUCCAAUUGGCCUGCUGACAACAGAUGGAAGGACCGAGUGGGCAGAGGCCAGGACGAUCCUUAUGAAAGACUCUACUAACCGCGACUCUCUUGACAUGAUUGAACGGUGCAUAUGCCUUGUGUGCCUGGACAGCCCAAGCGGGGUGGAACUCAGUGAUACCAACAUGGCAUUGCAACUGCUACAUGGGGGAGGCUACCACAAAAACGGGGCCAAUCGUUGGUAUGACAAACCGAUGCAGUUUGUGGUAGGAAGAGAUGGCGUCUGCGGUACCGUGUGUGAACAUUCCCCUUUCGAUGGCAUCGUACUGGUGCAGUGCACUGAACACUUGCUCAAGCACAUGAAAGAAUGUUCCAAGAAACUAGUCCGAGCUGAUUCAGUGACCGAGCUUCCUGCUCCACGGAGACUAAGAUGGAAAUGCUCCCCUGAAAUUCAGACACAUUUGGCAUCAGCAGCAGAAAAACUCCAAAGGAUAGUAAAUAACCUCGACUUCAUUGCCUACAAGUUUGAAAACUAUGGAAAGGAAUUUAUUAAGAAACAGAAGAUUAGCCCAGAUGCCUACAUUCAAGUAGCACUUCAGCUGGCAUUUUACAGAUGCCACAGGAGACUUGUCCCCACCUACGAAAGUGCUUCCAUACGCAGAUUUGAUGAGGGCAGAGUCGACAAUAUUAGGUCUGCUACCUCAGAGGCAUUUGCUUUUGUAAAAGCAAUGACUGAUGAGAAGACAGCUCUACCGGAUUCUGAGAAGAUGCAGAGAUUUAAGGAUGCAAUUGCAGCUCAGACUAAUUACACUAUUCUGGCUAUUACUGGAAUGGCAAUAGACAAUCAUCUGCUGGGGCUCAGAGAGGUGGCACGGGAGCACUUCAAGGAACUGCCAGAGAUAUUUACGGAUGAGACAUAUUUGACAAGCAAUCGAUUCAUCCUCUCAACCAGCCAGGUCCCAACUACUAUGGAAAUGUUCUGCUGCUAUGGGCCUGUGGUGCCCAAUGGUUAUGGGGCAUGUUAUAACCCUCAACCAGAGCAUAUAUUAUUCUGCAUCUCAAGCUUUAAAGACUGUAAAGAAACCUCCUCAGACAUGUUUGCAAAAGCUGUGGAAGAAAGUCUCCUAGAAGUGAGAGAUCUGUGCAACAAGUGCAGUUCCACUGUGGCAAAGCCACUUGCUAAACAAGAAGCAGCCACACAGCUGCAGAGUGACCGCAAGCUCUGAAAGGCUGUGAGAAAUAUUCUCCUGAAUCCACCUGAUGAAGAAGCAAUGACACAGUCUUUCAAAGGCAAGAUAGUACUAGUAAUACCUUAGUGUAGAACCAAAAUGUCAUUUGUUUUACAUUGCUGCCAACAUUUAAAACGCUGUAUGUACUAAAUCUAACAUUUCUCACUUGAAACCUCACCAGGCAAAAAGGCUUGGUCUCACCGGUUGAAAUGAAGGAGGAAGUAAUACAAGCAUGUGUUGUACUACCACUUCUAACCAUAAUUAACUUCUGCCAUUUUAUCACCUAAAGAAUUGAGUAAGUUUGUGUAUGACAUAAAUUAAACACUAAGGCACACCAAUUAGUUAAUAUUCCCUGCAAGUAGUUCUAAAAUAUGCAUAUCUAUUCCUGCAAGGUUUGCAUGUAGAGGAAAAAAAAAUACAAAGACAUUUCCCCUAUUGGGAAUGUUGAAAUAAACACUGUAAAUAAUAGGCUGAUGCCAUUAAAUCUUGAAAAUUUGCAUGAAAACUAUUUAAUUCCACCAUUCUAUUUACUAUGUAAGGAAAACGUUUGAGAGUUCCCACCUUGUAUUUCCACAGACAGAUUUCCACUUGUGUUUGCAUGCUCCCCCAAUAUAGAAAUGCUGCAGAAAUAGUUUAGUAUUUAUUCUGGUGUGCACUGGCCUCAAGCACAGUACUAUUCUGAAAGCAGCAUAUUGGAGAGAAGAUCCAUCAUCACAGAGAGCUGUGAGAAUUUUGUCUGUAAUGAAUUGACUUAAUUAUUUCAUUCUAUCAGUGAGCAAAAUCCAAUCUGACAGAGAGGCAAAGCACAAAGCAUAAGUGCAAUUCAAUCCUACUCUAGACCUUUUUUGUUUGCACAGGAAUGAAUUUAGUCACUGUGACUAGCAGGAAUGUGUAUGCAACCAAACAAAAUCAAAGAGCAAUAAAUUACUAGAAUGAAGAGCAAACUUGCAAUAUAAAGAAGUCUCCAAGAUAGUGCUAUAAAUACCAGUUUAAGAGUACUGGUACUCAUAUCACCUUUGCAUCAACCCAUCUGGGAGGGAUUUAUAUUUUAUAUUUUUAAUAGUAGAUGUAGGGUAUCAUAUUCUGCAAUAGACAGUAAAUUCAAUCAGGAAAAUAAUAUGGUAUCUCGUAAUUCCCAUAGUCUGCUAGUGUUAUCGUGAGGUUUUUCUCUUUAUCUCUUUCAUUCCCUACAAAUCCUUCAAAGGACUGACAGUUUCAGGCACUUUCGAGCUGAAAUAUGUUACCUUGCUUAGAGGUGUUCAGUCAUCAUUGUUAGAACACAACUUACUGUCUAAAAGAACAUGCACUAACUCCAGUGAGGGUCCUUUGCUAGGCAAGCUGGAGCAUACUUGGAAGCCUGGCCAGGGACUGCUUACCUGCCUGUGGAGAAGUGUAGAUGUUUCUUCUUCCUUUAUAGACUGAACAAUCACAUGCUUAAGCACCCCCAAGCCUAAGAGCAGGAGAAUAGAUUUAUUACAAUAAACUUGAAGGGCAGAUAUGUUUCUGUUCGAGAAUUCUAGAUACAGAUUCAAUAGAUCAUAUACAUCCAUGCUUAUUUUACUGGCUCUUUGGCAUUGUGUACAUGCAAUUAAGCAGUCUGCUGGAUAAAGGCUACCCACAACCCCAUAUAUGAAAGCACAGUGGGCCUGAUAAUCAGUUGGAGCUCAAUCAAAAGUCAGCUAUGUUGGAGCAAAUCAACCGUGAUGACUUAUAGUGACGGAAAGCUGGGCUCAUUUUUUUAAGUUAAUGCAUACACUUAAAAAUAUGUAUGUUUUAUUACUCCAUGAGCUGUGGUUCAAACCAAAGACAAAAUCUAUUUUUAGAUUGUGUAAAUAAUAUUCUGGCUUAAAAGCUGUCCCAAAGUGAAAAACGGUUAAACAAGCAAGAACACCGUUAGACUGUUAGUCCAACCAAGUGUUCACUUAAUGAAUAUACUGUUCAAAACAUGACUUUAAAUUGUUCCUAUACUAUAAUUAUGAAAAUUACUUUGAAACUUUCCCAGUAAUUUUGCUUUGUUCAGUGUCAUGUCACUACAAAUGCAUUCUGCAUUUUCAACAUAAAUGUAACACUACAAUUUUUUCAUAGAAUUGUAUGUCUAAAAUUAUAACCAUAUAAGGACAUAAAAAUGCUGUGAAUAGUUAUUUGAUUAUUAAUUUGCCUCUAAUGAAACACAUAAUUUUAUUUUGCAUUCUUAGUUCCAUGGGUACUGAUACUUAUUUGCAAAUAUUACCUGUGUUUUCAUUUUACUUCUUUGGCUGGAAUUACAACAGCAGCUCAUGCACUGUACUCACCACACAGCCACUGAGAAUUCAGGCAGACACUAUGAGCACACCAGUUUAUCAUUAAGCAUCCCUUCCUUGUCUACAGCUGCCAUAACGGGUGUUUUGGAUUCUCCAGCACUGGAAACUGAUAAUGGAAAAUACUAACACUAUAUUUUUACUUGAGGAAGAAAUGAACGAUCACUCAUACUUCUUAUUUAUUUAGCUAACAACCAUUCCAUACUUGUAUCUCAGAUACUUAGUGAGCUGCUUUUAGUAUUCAGCUUGAGUGCCUGAAUGAGCAGCUUCACUGAACUCGGUCCCUGCAGAGGAAGGCAUUUGUGUACCUCAGCUAAUACGCAUUAAAAGUAGUAUCUGCAAAGUACCAGACUUUGUUCAAGAGACUUCAGACUCAGUUCAGGUAUGUUUAAAUUGGAGGGUCCUGGUUAAAUCACGGAUAAAAUUCAUGGCACAGGGCAUUAUGAAUUUUUGUGUUUGCCAGCAGGAGCUUCAUAAGGGACUAGGCUGCUUCUCAGUUAACAGAACCCUCUACAGAAUCCAUGUGGUAUGGUCCCAUUUCAGGAAACAGGCACUUUUCUUAGGUUUUUAUUUUAAAAUACAUGUAUUAUACAACUUAAGUUCUCUCCUGAAAAAUACACAGCCUGUGCACAUGCAUUUAUGGAAAUCAAAUGUGAGGAUUUUAAAAUGUUUCCAAACAGAAGAUUAUGGAAUAGAUUGUUCAUCAUGAAAAGGGAGAAAAUCUUCAUCAAUGAGCUAUGUGUAAUUUCAUUAAUAUAAGAAUCUGUGGUUGCCUCAUCCCUAGCAGUGUUCAAGGCCAGGUUGGAUGGAGCUUUGAGCAACCUGGUCUAGUUAAAGGUGGCUUUACUCAUGACAGGCAGCUGGAACUGGAUGAUCUUUAAGGUCCCUUCCAACCUAAACCAUUUGAGGUUUCUAUGAAGUGGCAAUGAUUUAAUGAGACCUCUCAGUGGUACUGGGAUCGUACAAACCCUGCACAAGCGACUUUUAAGAAGGUAAUGGUUUCACUCUCUCUGUAGGGGUACACCCAUGUGUAGAAAUGGGAUGUAGAAAUUAAAAAGACAAUAUUUGUGAAUAUUUAUAUUCACAGUAAACAAAAGCAAAAGGAACUUGACUUCCAAGUGGUGGUGUUUCGGGGUGAGACCCUGAUCUCAACCCCCUGAGCACUCCUGUGCGAUCCAUAGCUGAGCAAGACGUGGUUGUGACUUACAGCUGAACUUCUGAUGUAUGGGUUGCAAAGACAAAAAUAUUUUAGUGAUACUUUUAUUUUUAUACAAUAGUAUAGAUUUAUGACAAAUGUAAAUGUGUAUUUACAGCACACUGUUUCUGUUACGUUUUGUGCUCUACUGAGAUAUAUUUAUCUGUCUAUAUUAAUGUAUGUGACCUGAAGAGUACGCUGGUGACACAAAUUCAGCUUAUGUAAAGAUGUUGUUCCACACCGCCAAUAAAAACGACCAGAGCGAAGA